CCUUCCCGACGAUCACCCGAAUGGGCGAGUUCGCCUUCGUGUCCGUGUCGCGUUCGCUCACGUCGCUCCUCGAGGGCAGUGGUGCGUGUGAUCGUCUGUUGUGGUCGUCGUGGUGCAUCCCGGUUCAUCCCGGUCGGCGUGGCGGCGUGGUGUUUGGGGAGCAUCGCCUGGCAUCGCCGCACGAGUGGCACGAGUGGCACACUAGCAUUCGGAGCAUUCGGAUCUCGCACGAGGAAAACAUUGGCCAAGCACGCCGUCUCAUCUUCUGCUUGUGAACGCUAACCAGCGAGCGCUGUACGUCGGCUGUCUAUUGUUGUCACUGUUGUUGUUUUUCGAGGUUGUGGUGGUGGUGGUGGUCGCUGCUGCACAUCCGCCGCGCCGCCAGCCGACUCGACGCCUAUUUCUUUCUCCCGUCAGACGCGAACGCCAUCUUGGCGUCGGCCGCCGCGGACGAGCACCUCAUGGACCCCCAGCACCAGCAGAGCGCCGCCAGCGCCGCCAGCGCCGGCGAGGACGACGCUGGAGGGGGGCCGCCGCGGCGUCGCUCCGUCGGCGCGCUGCUCAAGCUCAAGAGCAAGAAGAAGGAGUCGCCGCAGUUGCGGGACAGCGACUCGACGGCCGCCAGUGAGACGUCGCUGGACGUGGUGCCCAAGAAGAAGACGGGCUUCUUGCGCAAGAGCAGCAGCAGCAGCAAGAAGGUGAAGGAGGCCGACAGCCCGGACGGCGCGGCCGUCAAGAAGCCCAGCAAGGCCAAGUCCCUGGUGCGCAAGCUGAGCAUGAGCAGGAAUCGCAAGAGCAAGGAACCGCCGCCCACGGACCCGGACACCUCCGACGACGACGGCCACACGUCCAACGCCAGCUCCACCACGGCGUUCGAGUCCGCCGUCGAGGGGUACGCGACGCCCGCUGCCACGCCGCCGCCGCCGCCGCUCACCCCGCCCCCCAUGGAGGAGGACGAAGACCAAUCGGACGGGGGGCCUGGCGGUGCUGGGGGUGGGGGGCCCGGGCCGCGCGCCGCGUCCGUGGCCGAGCCGCCAGUCUCCACCGUCACGCUGCCCGCACUGGAGGCUGUCCCGACGCUCGACGCCGACAUGAAGGGUGAGAAGCAGCCGCAGAGGGCCGGCGCGCACGGCGGCGCCGUCAAGAAGACCCCCAAGGGCAAGGCGUCGUCCUCGCAGGGGCUGGUGGACGAGGAGCGCAAGCAGUCGACGCGCGGCCAGCUGCUGUCCAUCACCACCCCCGCCCUGCAGAAGCAGCAGAAGCAGCUCAACGGGCAGGCGGCGGCCGGCACCGCGCCCUCCGCCGCGCCCCCCGCCACCCCGACGGGAAGCACGCCCCCCACCACCAGCGGUGCGUCCGCCCUGUCCGCCCCCGCGGAUGUGGUUCACGUGGUGGCCGAAGUGGGCGGGCUCACCCCGAACGGCAGCGGCGCGAGCGGCGCCCUCGACAGCACGCAGGAUAAGCCCACCAACGGCGCCGCCACUGCCACCAUGAAGUCCUCGCCGCCGCCGACGCCGCCGUCGCCGUCCUCCGGGGACCUGAUGGCGGACGCCAGGAACAAGCUGUCGCAGAGCCUCGGCGUCCACGACUCGGCGCAGAUGUCCGGCGAGAAGCGCGAGCACCUGUAUAAGAUCCUGGUGAUCGGUGAGCUGGGCACCGGCAAGACGUCCAUCAUCAAGCGGUAUGUGCACCAGUUCUUCUCGCAGCACUACCGCGCCACCAUCGGCGUGGACUUCGCGCUCAAAGUCCUCAACUGGGACCCCGCCACCAUCAUCCGCCUGCAGUUGUGGGACAUAGCAGGCCAGGAGCGCUUCGGCAACAUGACCCGCGUGUACUACAAGGAGGCCGUGGGAGCCUUCAUCGUGUUCGACGUGACGCGGGCGUCCACCUUCGACGCCGUGGUCAAGUGGAAGCAGGACCUGGACUCCAAGGUGCAGAUGGCGGACGGCUCCCCCAUCCCCUGCGUCCUGCUGGCCAACAAGUGCGACCAGCAGAAGGAGGGCAUGGUCAACAACCCCUCCAAGAUGGACGAGUACUGCAAGGAGAAGGGCUUCACUGGCUGGUUCGAGACCUCCGCCAAGGAGAACGUCAACAUAGAGGAGGCUGCGCGCGCAUUGGUAUCGAAGAUUCUCCUGAACGAUAAAUUGCUCCAUGGAAACGACACGAAAGACCCAACGAAGAUAGCGUUAGACAACAACGGCAAGGCUGGCGGGGAGGCGACGAGCGGCAAGUCUUGCGCGUGCUGACGAGACGUGCCCUAAAGCCAAGGGAACUAAUCUAAGUCAUUUUCAGAGUCAUGAAAGUCAUCGUUUGAUUAUGAUGUCCCUGAUGCAUUUUGUGAAUUCCUCAAUUUGUGUGUCAUUUGUCUUUAUGUUUGACCUCUCGUCAGUGCAAUGUCUUUCUCACAUACAUGAUUAGCUCAUAAGAGCACUUUAACUUGAGAUUUUAUGGUAAAUUAGUAACUUUUAUUGACAAAACCAAAGCCAGCAAUAUUAAACUUAACUGUGUUUCGUGGUUGUGCAACCCGGUUUUGCAUGAUGUGUAGCUUUGUGUAUCACAGGAUAAUAAUGUCUUACUUGCCAUGUUUGUGUGGCACAUUAUUAUGUCAAUUGUGCAUUUAAGUAACUAGGUGCUUUAUAUCUGAUUGUUUUUCUCUUGAGUUUUAAAAUAUCCAGUACGGAAAAAUGCAUCAAAUAUUAUUUCCGCCCUUUACAGCCCAAUCCCGAUUUGUUUGAUGAUCUCAUCUUUGAUUUUUAAAGAAAAUUUUAGCCGUUCACUUUUGAUUUCUUUCAAAGCCUGAUAGAUGCUCUCUGUUACCAGGAAUGACAACUUAACCAUAUUUUAUGAAUGAAUUGAAAAUAGAUCAUAAAAUGUUUGGUGUUUCAUUGAAAUUUUAACAAAUCAUAUUUUUGGACGUUUUUUGAAAGAACCUGCACUGUUAUUUAUCUCUGGAUGUACCUUUUAAGGCUAUCUUGAACAACUGCCUACCAAGAAAAUUAGAAAUAAGACUGUAAAAGAUCAACUCAUGAAACUUAUUGUAUGUGUGUAGGCAUUUCCUUCCAUGCAUGUUAGUUGUACAUUGUGCCAUGAAAUUUGUUCUAAUGUGCCAUCUAUUUCCUCAAUCAUACUAUAUUGUGGUAUUUCCCUGUGAUAAGUUAUCUUAACUUAGCAUUCUUUCACGAAACUUAACCAUUAUGAUUAAUGAUAGUGGAACCUUGCGUACUGAAGUGAUUUUUAGGAGCUGAAUUAUUGUCUCCGAGCACCAGAAUAUGUAUUGCUCUUCUUUAUUCAAUCUCCAAUAAUGUAUUAUCUAUUAAUAGACGGUACAAAACUAACAAAAUUAAUUGUAGGAUCAUAGGAGCUUUCACAUUUUAGAUAUUGUUUCAGUUUUUAAAUUUUUGCUUUAAACCAUUUAAAUAUCAAAGUAAAGUCUAUGAUCUACUGACAAUUACAUGGUUCAAAGUGCCUUUUUUUUUGCUAGUUUUAUGUCUGAUUUUGAUCGUGCUGUUUAUGUUGCACACUUUGUGCUUUUGAACAAAAGAUGCCAUUAAGUGUACAUAGUAUCUUCAUUUAAACACUUUAUGUACAUUACUGAACAAUUUUAUUUAAGCUUUGUAGAAUUAAAUGUUUGUCAAUCUGGAGUAUUA